AUGGACGCAAUGUCGAGUGGUGGCACGGGCAACAAGCUCACAAGGGUCAUUAUCAUCUUGACUGGGGUCGCGUCGCUGGUAGCCACCUUGAUCUCAGUGUUGUCGAUAUGGCUUCAAUCCAAGAACUACCGCAAGCCUUUGCUGCAACGAUAUGUUAUCCGAAUUCUUCUCAUGGUGCCCAUCUACUCGGCGGCGUCAUGGGCUUCCAUCGUCUCCCUCAAAGCUGCCUUCUACCUCGAUCCUCUGCGCGACAUCUACGAGGCAUUCACAAUCUACACUUUCGUUCAGCUUCUCAUCAACUUCCUUGGAGGCGAGCGUUCUCUGAUUAUCAUGACGCAUGGGAGGCCUCCCGUCUCUCAUCCGUGGCCCAUAAGUCUGUGUUGCCCGAAAAUGGACAUAUCGGACCCUCAUACCUUCCUGCUGAUCAAACGGGGGAUUUUACAGUAUGCCUGGCUGAAGCCUGUCCUGGGCGUCGCCACCAUCAUACUGAAAUCCACCGACACAUACAAAGAAGGGUACAUUUCGGCCGACUCGGGCUACUUCUGGACAGGGCUUCUUUACAACGUCAGCGUGACCUUGAGCUUGUACUUCCUGGCCAUGUUCUGGGUCUGUAUGCACAAUGACCUCAAGCCUUUCCGACCAAUGCCAAAGUUCCUGUGCAUCAAACUCAUCAUCUUUGCCUCCUACUGGCAAGGCUUCUUCCUCUCCAUUCUGCAGUUCCUUGGCGCCAUUCCCAACGACGUCCCCGGCUACACGCCCGACAACCUGGCUGCAGCCAUACAGGAUGCCUUGAUUUGCUUCGAGAUGCCCAUCUUCGCCAUCUCCCAUUGGUACGCAUUUUCGUGGCACGACUAUGCUGAUGUGACCAUUUCAGCCGCUCGUCUCCCGGUCAGAUAUGCGCUAAGGGAUGCAUUUGGCCCUAGGGAUUUGAUUGAAGACACCAAGGAGACAUUCAGGGGCAGGAAUUAUGAUUACAGGAGCUUCGAUUCUGGUGACAACGUUAUCGCUCAUGAGGAAUCCCAUUCGCGCGUGGCCCGGAUGAUGGACGGCAUGAGGUAUGAGAGAGGUGGAAAAGGCAAGUAUUGGAUCGUAAAGCCACAAGAUGCCAGCAGUCGGACCCCCCUACUAGGUAAAGAUGCUGUAUCAAGGGCUCCAGCACCUGAAUCCAGAGGCAAGGCGCAUGAGUACCGCGCUACCGAGCCAGAUAUCGAGAUCGGCAUUGACGCCGAGGACGAGAGGUUAUAUACCAACGCGCGAGCUUUGGAGUUUGGUGAUUGGAAUUAUCACGUCAUAACAGCACACGAAGCACGGCGUGAGGACUGGAUGCGGCGCAAUCCCGAUAUACUGACAACAGCCACGAAUCGCAAUCUGCUUCAGCCUACCCGAGACCAUAAAGCGCGGCGUCGGAGUGAACUACAAGAGCACAUUCGGAAAGGCAAAAACCGAAGCACUUCACCAUCCGAGGGCUCCUCUCAACAGGGUGCAAUUGAAGCCAAAUUAAGACGACAACAGGAGCGGUCGCCUUCGGCCUCGGGUAAAUCAGAUCGCAGCCAGUUGGUUGACCUCGUCGUGGAGGAUACAGAAGCAGAAGAAGCAGAGAUCGUGCGAGCACGCAAGGAAGGCAGCGAUGCCUGGAACCGCAGGCCGCAGCGACACUUUGUUCGUACCUACAGUAUUGACGAAGAAGCCCCAGAAGGCGAGGACAUUCGCCAAGGUUACGACCCAAGCAAGGUGCCGUCACGGCCGCCAGCUCCAGAGAGGGCCGUGAGCGAUGAUGAGAGCAACACACUAGAUGAAGGAGACCGAGGUCGGCCACUGAACCAGAAUGGCACGGAGCGCGGAGAAGGACAGUAUGCUAGCUUGGUUGAGGAAGACAAUGUGUGGAAAUGA